GGGUCACCAGGCAUCAAGUCAUUUGGCUUGACAGCGAGCACCGCGUCAUCUGGCAAGGCAGUGGGUUCCGAGUCAACAGGCACGACAGUGGGCACCGGGUCAUCAGGUACCGGAUUGUCUGGCUCGACAGCAGGCAUCGGGUCACCAGGUAUGACAGCGGGCACUGGGUCACCAGGCAUCAGGUCAUUUGGCUUGCCAGCGGGCACCGCGUCAUCUGGCAAGGCAGUGGGCACCGGGUCACCAGGCAUUGGAUCGUCUAGCUCGACAGCGGGCAUCGGGUCACCAGGCAUCAGGUCAUUUGGCUCGCCAGCUGGCACCGCGUCAUCUGGCAAGGCAGUGGGCAUCGAGUCACCAGGUACGACAGCGGGCUCCGAGUCAAUUGGCACGACAGCGGGCACCGGAUCAGGUACCGGAUCAUCUGGAUCAACAGCGGGCAUCGAGUCAACUGGC